AAGUGAACUCCUCACGUCCCCUUUCCACACUCUCGUUCCUCUCGCUCCUCUCGCUCCUCGGCGCUCUCCUCACCCUCCUCUACGGCGCGUACCCCACCGCAACAAUGCCGCGUUACAGCACGUCCAACGCCACCGCGGUGCACACGUCGACGCCGUGGCCGCGCACCUUCACCGACGGGCUCCCGCUGCCCAAGAUCCUCGCUUUCGACCUCGACUACACAUUGUGGCCGUUCUGGGUGGAUACGCAUGUCACGCCGCCGCUCAAAGCUGUGCAGCAGAGUAAUGGCGGCGUGGACAAGGUCAAGGAUAGGUAUGGCGAGGGAUACGGGUUCUAUAGGGAUGUGCCGGACGUUCUGGUUGCGGCCCGCCAGAAAGGCAUCAAGCUAGCAGCGGCAUCGCGCACGCACGCGCCGGACUUGGGGCGGGAGAUGCUAUCUCUGCUGCGGAUACCGACGGGGGCGACGCCGACGUCGUUCGAGAAGGCGAUCGGCUUCUUCGACAACUUGCAGAUCUUCCCCGGGAGCAAGACGACGCAUUUCGCGAAGAUUCACGAGGUCACCGGCAUCGAGUACCAGGAUAUGCUGUUCUUUGACGACGAGGCCCGCAAUCGGAAUGUCGAGACCCUGGGCGUCGUUAUGUGUUUGGUGCGGGAUGGCGUUACAACGGAUGAAGUGGAUCGGGGCGUCGAGAUGUGGAGGAAGAGGAAUAGGAGGGAGUGGGCUUGAGGCUGAAAAUGGUGCUUUCGUGCGAGUUGCGAUUCGGGUUGCUUCAAGACUUGGAUAGACCUAGAAUGGGUUCAAGACUGGGCGUGGAGGGCCUCUAAGAAGGUUUGAGAUACCAAAAGUGCAUUUGAUCACAAUGCUGGGAAUUCAUGAAAUCACGUGUAUCUAGUCAGCACAC